GGAGAAGAGGUCGUGGAGCGGGUAGAGCGGUAGUGGCUGUGGCAGCAGCAACACGUAGUACACGGUAGCACCUCGACGAGGACGGAGCCGCUUGUAUACGUCGCUUGGUAGACUCGCUUCGAGCCAGUCUCUUUCGGUCCAGUGGCGCAGUCGCGUUACGCGGAUACAUUUUUCCGUAUCUCUCCGACCACUACCACCAUUCUACACCACUACCAACGACACUGUUACCACCGCUACCACCACCUGCACCGUCGAGCGUGUCAACAUACGCGUAACGUCACCAGGACCAAGCAUCGGGUUGUUCCUGGACAGUAAUUCCACAAAAGUGAGGGCUCGCAUCCUCGAAACGACCUGAGAAUGAAGCUGUGGUGGAGUUUAGCGUUAGUGGGUAUCGCUCUGUUGACCAUCGUCGUCACAGCCAGGGCGGAAUCUGAUCUCUGGGAGGAGGAUGACACGGAAGUUCUUGUGCGAACUGUUCGCGGCACCAAAGAACGAGCAUCCGGCAGCACUUCGUCGUGCAGAUACGUGAAGGGUCAAUGGUCGGAAUGCGACUCGAAAACCAACACACGGUCCCGUACGCUGAAUCUUAAAAAGGGAGACAGCAGAUCCUGCGAGCAAACCAAGACUAUACAGAAGAAAUGCAAAAAAGCUUGCCGAUACGAGAAGGGCACGUGGAGCGGAUGCGUGAAUCAGCAGAUGACGAGAGAGGACCAUUUGAAGGCGAAUAGCGAUGCUUCCUGCGAGAAGACGCGUCGACUCACCAAAAGGUGUAAACCAGAGACCAAUACCAAGAAAUCCACCAAAGGUGAACGGUCGAACAAGAAAUCGGGUAAGCAGUAAGCGAGGAAAAUCGUCGAUCGAUCGCUCCAAGUGGUAUGAUCUGUUUCGGCAACAGGCAACGAAAAACGCAAUCUUGUCUUUUUCCACGAAACUAUAAUUUCUUCGAGCGAAUACUGUUUAUAGCAUGAACGGGGAUGGAACGUUCCACGAUUCGAAGUACUGGCAGUGAUCAUAAUUAAAAAAGGAAAAGCAUUUUUAAGUACUUUGUCUAGGAAGUAACAAUUAUAGAAACGUGUGUGUACUCGGCGCAACGAUCUUCAAUCCGAAUUUUUCAUUGCUUUCGAACAGUCGACUGUCGGUACAUGAUCGAUCGUCGGUAAUUUUGUUGUAUUCAGAAUUACCUCCGUUGUACGUGGCCAAACGUUAAUUAAUCGUGAUAUGCCGAUUUAAUGAGCGCAUAGAAUCUCCUUAGCGAUUUUGCCGACGCUGAAAUGACCAUGUACCAAUUUAUUGCGUGUGAAUAUUAUAUGAACUACGUUAUCGACGCAGUAGCACGGGAACAAUUCGAUUUUUAACUGUGUUCCAACCGUUCAUUGCAUUUAUUAUAAUAAUUUCUUAGGACGAUGUUAUUUUUGAAAAAUUAGCUGUGCUACUGUCUCGAUGAUCACAAGCUGUAAUAAUUAUAUAGCAAUACGCUAUGGUAAACGUGUAGUUUCGAGAAUCAAUACGAAACGACUGCCGUUGAGAUUCUUUACGAAAUAUAUUCUUGCUAGAGUUAAAAGAAAAUCCCAUUCGAGUUUUCCAACGUUACGUAUAAUUGUAUGGAUCAUAGCGUGCAUAGAAGUCCCGGUUAGAAGUAGUUAUUCUUUCGAGACAGUAGGGGAAUCGAAAGAAAGACAGAUGAUCGUGCGAUCUCUAUGUUUUUAAGGUACACCCGUUAACUUCCUCGUCUUCCUCUGAUUAAAGGAAAAUAUAGAAAUGGUGUUGAGCAUUGUUUAAAUUUCUAUCAAGAGUUUCGUGCGCAUUUUGAUCCCUCUUCGGUUUCUAAUCGACAGUGUUUACACUUAAAACCAGGUACAAUAUUUGUGGAUAAAAAUAUAUCUUCUCGAUUGUCGCAUAGAUAAUAUAAAAGUGUUCGAUGUUAACUAUGUCUUAUGCUAAUGAUUUCCAAACUUCUUGGGCGACUUUGCGUUUCGACGGUGUCUAAAAAUAUUCUUUAAUCAAACUGUACGCCGAUAAAGAAUGAUAACAUUCCUUUUUGUAAUACGUAAAUGUAAACAUUUUGUAAACAAAUAAUUGGAAAAUAUUUGUGAUACACCUUAUGGGAUACGAGGAGAUAAACGAUUAGAGUUACUGCGUCCUUAAGUUUGGGAAUCACUGUUUCAAGUAAUAACCGCAAUUUUAUAAUUAUUACCACUUCUCCAACGUAUGUAGGAAAGAACGAAACUGGACGAAUAACAUUGCUUUCCCAGAAAAUUAUCGUACAUUGAUAUUUUUCAUUUUUAACAAAUGUAAUUUAACUUUUAACUUUAACUUCGGUUAUAUUUAUAUUUUACUGCAGAAUUAAUUUUCAAUGUAUCUAUAAGAAUAUUGUUAAGUAUAAUUAAUAUUUCAUGCCAUAACUUUAUAUAUUUAAGCAAUAAUUUUCUGGAUAAAAAGAAUGUUAUAGGUAACAGUUUCGCUCUCGCCCCAGUACGGUCCUAUUUUCGAAAAGACAUAUUCCCUCGCAUAAAAAUCGAAAUGUCGGUAUAUACAAUCAUUAUAUGUGUCUCGUAAUUAUCUCUGAAUGGAAAACUUUACUAAUAAUAAUACUAACGAAAGCCAAAUGAGCAUAAAAAUCAAAUUAACAUAACGCAAAGUAUCAGGCGUCUCGUAGGUCCGGCCGGCUAAUUAGGUUAAUUAGAAUUCGUCUCUACGAGACGUGACGGUGAAACUAUAGAAAUCAAACCCUCCCCUCCUUCCCUCGAAUACAAGAUUGUAUUUGUUUUUAAGUCUAGAUGUAUAAUCAAAAAAAAGAAUGAAGCUCGGUAAGCAAACGAAAGCUAAUUCCAGGUAUAUAUAACACGGUGUAUCUGUAUAAAAGCGUUCGGUGAAACAUUGAAUCCGAUCAAACAGUAAUUGAUCGGUAUCGAUGAUCAUAGACUUAGAUUACGUAUGUACAUCAUAUCACCAUUUAAUGGGUUAAUGAAGGGAAAAAGGAAAGAAGGAAACGAAUCUACCGAUAGAGUAAGAUAGCAUUUAUCUACGUUUUAUUAUUUCUUCUAAUUAGCUAUCAUUAAACGUUUACUAAAGCGUAAUUAAAUAUAACAUGCUUGAAUUCUCCCUCUCUCUCUUUCCCUCUCUUUCUUUGUGUGUGGAACUUGAUGGAAGUUCGUUCUUUAACGCGUCCGCUGAGGAAUCGCGCGCCAGCGUCGGCUGUGAUAUUAAUAUUAUUAAUAUUAAUACCAAUGUUGUUAUUAAUAUUAAUAUUAUUCUUGUUUAUUUUCAUUCGCCCGUUGAGUGCCCCUCGAUUCGCAGCGAACGCGUUAAACGCAUUGUAACAUAGCUAGGGAUGUGCGAAUCGUCUCGAGUCUCAUUUCCAGACGAGAUACAAAACUUUGAGCGAGAUCGUGGUGCUCUGAGUCAGCGUACGAAGCAGUCUCGCUAUAUGGCCGCAUCAGUUUAUCGAAGUCCUACGAAUUCUAAAUUUCACAGUUUUUGAGUUUCUGAAAAAAUAUGAGAAUCUAAUUGAAGAUAAAUUUUUUAGAUGUUGCUUCGUGUCAGAGCAUCUAGAUCUCAGCUGAUCACGCCCGAAGUUUUCUGUCGCGUUGCGAUCUCGACAAUUCGGGAGCCCGCACAGCUCUAAACAUAGCAUAAUAACAAUAGAAGAUACGCUGAUAGAAGAUAAUUACCACCGCCCUUCGAUGCGAGUAAAGUAUCAUGACGGAGGAAAAUGUUGCUUCUUUUUUUUCAAAUUUGACUCAUCGCUGUACUUGCAACAUAAUCAAAAGUCUUUCCAAGGGUGUAUCGAUCGUUCGAUUACGAUGUUCAAGUUUUUCGAUCAUUAUAUUCGUGUUGAUAGUUUACCUCGUUGGAAUCGAAUCAAUAGCGGACAAUGAUAUUUUGUUCAGCGUCUUUCCGAUAUUAAAUAGCGAAUCAAAUUUUGCGUCAGAUCAAAAAGCCCACGUGUAUUAGUUAAAAUGUUUACGAAAAGAUGUUUUUGAAAAAAGAGAAAGUUUUUUAGUUGCCUAGGCAAUCGAAUCAAAUUUAUAUUUCCUAAAAUCAAAUAUCUUCGUAGCUCGUGAGAAACUGUCAGUGAUUUAUUUACAAACUGACGUUAUAACUGAAUGCAACAAAAAUUGUAUAAUGUAUCUACUUACUUAUUAAAUCAUUGUGUAACCGUUACACAUGUAAUAAAAAUCCAAUGUUGUCAAUAAAGACUAAAUAUUAUAUACAAGGUGGAUCAGUAAUUGUUAAAACCACCAUUACUCCCUAUUAGUUAAGUUAUAAUUAAGGUAUGCACUGUAUGAAAAGUGGUGAAAAUAAAGAAAAAUUUAUCAACAA